CCAUGGACCCCGCCGGGCACCCCCGGGCGGCCGUGAGCCCCGGCAGCGCUGCGGUGCCGGAGCCGCCGGCCAUGGACACGGAGGAGGAGCCCGCAGCACGGCCCAGCGGCCCGGAGCCGAGCGCGGGGAGCGGGCGGCCGGAGCUGCCGCCCUUCGCCUUCCCGGCCUCUGCCUGCGGCUCCGGGCAGGACCUGCCCAGCCCCGGGAACCAGCGGGGACCCGGCCCAGGCCCUCCCGCGGUCUCUGGCCCGGGGGGAGGUGGGAGCGGACGGGGCCCGGGAGGGGCCAUGGGCGAGGAGAGAGCGAGCGCGGGGCUGCGGGGCCCUGGGAGCUGGGAACCGGGUGCUGGGAGCGCCCUCGCGGCCCCGGGGCACCCCCAGGGCCCGGGCAGCAGCGACCCUGCGGGCAUGGAGCUGGACGAGGCUGCGGAGGACGAAGCCCCGGAGCUGCGGGCUCUGCUGGGGCAGCUCGAGAGCCUCGACCCCAGCCUCUGCGACCCCCCCUGCUCCCAGCAGGGCCCGGGCGCUGGCACCGCUCCUCCGGCGGGGAGCCGGGCCCGGCGGGGCCGCCGGCAGUGCCAGGGCCGGUGCCUGCCGUGCCCGCUGCACGUGGCCACGGGCCGGGGCCUGGACACCCGGCACUGCUGCGCCCAGCACCCGGCCUGCUCCCGGCCCUGCCACGGGCUGCUCUUCGCCGAGGCCGAGCGGGAGGAUUUGCUGAGCCUCCUGUGCCACGAGGGGGGCGUGCCCGAGCCCGGCGCCGGGACCCCCUUGGCCUGCUCCAGUGUCCUGUGUGGGGCCAGCCUGGAGGUGCUGCGGGCUCGGGAGGCGGCCGCUGCGGGGAGCCGGGAGGAAGGACCCUGCGGCAGCGGGCGCUGUGCGGAGGAGCGGGGCGAGCUCGGCUCCAGCAGUGAGAGCCCGCGGGGCUGCUCCCCCGAGCCCGCCUGGGUGCCCCCGUCACCCGCCCCGCAGGAGGCGCAGGCGCCGCCGGGCGCUGUCACCAGCAGGGAACCUCCAUCCUCCCGCCUGGCCUUCAAAGAGGUUCCAGGCCCCUGUGAGCCAGAGGAUCUGCUGGACGGUGUGAUUUUUGGAGCCAAGUACCUGGGCUCCACGCAGCUGAUCUCGGAGCGGAACCCCCCGACCAGUGCCCGCAUGGCACAGGCCCAGGAGGCAGUGGACAGGAUCAAGGCCCCGGAGGGGGAGUCGCAGCCCAUGACAGAGGUGGAGCUCUUUGUCUCCACGCAGAGGAUCAAGGUGCUCACGGCUGACACUCAGGAGGCCAUGAUGGAUCACUCCCUGCAGACCAUCUCCUACAUCGCCGACAUCGGCUCUCUCGUGGUGCUCAUGGCGCGGCGGAAGCUGCCGCGGCAGGCGCCGGGUGCAGGGGAGAAGCGGCUCUACACCAUGAUCUGCCACGUCUUCCACUCGGCCGACGCCCAGGUCAUUGCUCAGGCCAUUGGGCAGGCGUUCGGAGUCGCCUACCAGCGCUUCCUGGAGGCCAACAGCAUCGACCCGAGCGAGCUGAGCCCUCGCCAGUACAGCCAUGCCCUGGAGGAGCAGGAGCAAUACAAUGCAGAGCUGAGCCACUUCUCCCAGCAGGAGAACUGCAAGGAUGUCUGCAUCCGGAAGCAGAAGGGGGAGAUCCUGGGCAUUGCCAUUGUGGAGUCGGGAUGGGGCUCCAUCCUGCCCACCGUGGUCAUCGCCAACCUGAUGCAUGGGGGCCCUGCAGAGAGGUCGGGUGAGCUGAGCAUCGGGGACCGCCUCAUGUGCGUCAACGGGAUGAGCCUGGUGGGGCUGCCCCUCGCCACGUGCCAGAGCAUCAUCCGGGAGGUGAAGCACCAGACAGAGGUGACACUGAACAUCGUGCACUGUCCCCCUGUCACCACGGCCAUCAUCCGGCGCCCUGACUCCAAGUACCAGUUGGGCUUCUGUGUUGAGAACGGCGUGAUCUGCAGCCUGAUGCGCGGGGGCAUCGCAGAGAGAGGCGGCAUCCGCGUGGGGCACCGCAUCAUCGAGAUCAACGGACAGAGCGUGGUGGCCACACCACACGAGAAGAUCAUCCAGAUCCUCACGCAGGCUGUCAGCGAGGUCCACAUCAAGACGAUGCCGGCCUCCACGUACCGCCUGCUGACAGGGCAGGAGCAGCCCCUCUUCCUCUGAGCACCAGCCUGGCUGCUGCUGCACAUGCCUGGGGCUGCACGGACAGGACAAGCUCUGCUUCCUGCCCCAGCACCCACA